AUGGGUCUCACAUUCUCCAAGCUCUUCGACAAGCUAUGGGGCAAGAAGGAGAUGCGUAUCCUCAUGGUCGGUCUCGACGCAGCCGGAAAGACGACGAUUCUCUACAAGCUCAAGCUGGGUGAAAUCGUCACCACCAUCCCUACCAUUGGUUUCAACGUCGAGACGGUCGAGUACAAGAACAUCCAGUUCACCGUGUGGGAUGUCGGCGGCCAGGACAAGAUCCGUCCUCUGUGGAGGCAUUACUUCCAGAACACACAGGGUAUCAUCUUCGUCGUCGACAGCAACGACCGCGACCGUGUGGUCGAGGCGCGCGAGGAGCUCCAGCGCAUGCUGAACGAGGACGAACUCCGCGAUGCCCUCCUCCUGGUCUUUGCCAACAAGCAGGAUCUGCCCAACGCCAUGAACGCCGCUGAAAUCACCGACAAGCUGGGUCUCCACAGCCUCCGACAACGUGCCUGGUACAUCCAGUCGACUUGCGCCACGUCUGGUGACGGUCUUUACGAGGGUCUCGAGUGGUUGAGCAACUCUCUCCGCAAGGCCGGUCACCAGUAG